UGCAGCCUGAAUCCCACCUACCGAGGAAGAACUAAGGCCUCAGGCUGAAAAAAAAAAGAAAAAGAAAGAAAGAAAGAAAGAAAGGUGAAUAACUACAGGAAGGAAAGAAGAAAGGAGGAGGAGACAAUGUGUAAGGUGGUCCCCCUCCCCCGAAACGCCCAUGAGGGUGCUUAAGCAAGGAGAAAACGUCAUUGCCUGAGUAAAGGAAAAUGAGGAAGUGUAGACCAGCUCUUGCCCUGAUCAUAUUUCAAAGCUGUUUUGCUGUGAUGGUUAUCCUCACCAAAGUAGCAUUUCGGCGAGGGAUGAGCCCUACAAUCUUUGUUACCUAUAGGCAGUUAAUCGCCACCGUCGCUAUUGCACCUUUUGCUUAUUUCCUAGAAAGGAAGACCAGACCUCCCCUGUGCCUGAAAACAGUGGCCCACAUCUUCGUAAUUGGACUACUGGCGGUUCCUCUUCUCCAAAUAUCAUAUUUUUAUGGGGUUUCUUACACUUCAUCGACUUUUGCAGUCGCAAUAUUGAAUCUCCUACCGGCUAUUACUUUUGUAUUGGCCAUUAUCCUAAGAAGGGAGAAAGUGAAUGUAAGGAAUGCGAGGGGACAAGCAAAGAUUGUGGGUACCAUAACUUCUGUUGGAGGUGCCACGAUCAUGACAUUGAUUAAAGGUCCUACACUGGGGUUCCUUGACUUUCUUAAGAAACCCACACCUCUUUCCCGUCUCUUGGAUACCACUCCAGGCAAUACUCCAAAAGACAAUUGGACCUUGGGUCCAAUUUUAAUAAUUGUGGCUGUCAUUGCAUAUGGUGCAUGGUUGCUUUAUCAGUCUUGGGCUUUUAAGGAUUACCCGGCUCAAGCAUCCCUCACGGCGAUGAUGUUAGGGAUGGGUGCCCUUCAGUCUGCUAUACUGGCACUUAUCAUCAACAAGUCCAUUGCGUGGACAGCGAAUUCGAACUUCGAGUUAUUCACUUAUGCUUAUAGUGGUGUUUUUGGCUCAGCUUUAUCAUUCUUUUUACAAAGUUGGUCCCUCAAAGAAAAAGGCCCUCUUUAUACGGCUGCAUUCUCUCCUUCGAGCACAGUAUUAGUGGCUAUUCUUGAACCCAUAGCUCUUCACGUGGAUGUUCACAUUGGAAGCGUCGUAGGCAUGGUUGUGGUAUUUUCUGGGCUUUACAUUGUGCUUUGGGGUAGAGCCAAGGAUGGCAAUGAAAAGCAAAAGAUCUUGCCGACUCAAAUUGGAGAUAAAUGUUCUCAAAAUAUGGAAGAAACUGAGGGGGAAAUGAAUGUAGUUGAGAUGAAUGAAGUGGAUAAAAUUGGAAAUAAAUGCAACAUUGGGAUUGCAGGACCCACCACUCUGCAAGUGCAACAACAGUAGAACUGAGAUUAUACAGGAGAGAAUAAAAUAUCUAAAAAGAAAAACAGCAGUUUGCAUCAUAGGGUGGUCCGUCACCUGACGUGUAGGCCAUGAGGAGCAACACAUUUGAGCCUUUAUUACUUGUUCAUUCAUUUAUGGGAAAAUCAUCAAAAUACCCAUGUAAGAUGAAUUAUUUAACAUUUCGAAAUGCCCAUAAAAAGGCACAUGAUUAUAAAUUGGAAUAGUACCAAAAAGUGUAAAAUACUCAAUAAUACAUCUCUCAUGAGUAUUUUAUUCAAUUUCCCUUCAUUUAUUAA